AUGACCAACGUCUUCGGCGUCCAGGUCUUUUUCAUUGUGUUCCGAGAAUGUCUCGAGGCUGUCAUCAUCAUCUCGGUGCUGCUAUCCUUCCUGAAGCAGUGCCUGGGCCAGCCCUCCCAGGACCCGGUAAUCUAUAAACGCCUAAAACGACAGGUAUGGGCGGGCUCUAUGCUGGGCAUCCUCAUAGCCUUGAUCAUUGGGGGCGCAUUUAUCGGCGUUUUCUACGGCCUGGGCCACGACAUCUGGGCCGAAUCCGAAGAUCUGUGGGAAGGCAUCUUCUACCUCAUCGCCAGCAUCAUCAUCACCAUCAUGGGGCUGGCCAUCCUGCGCAUCAACAAGACAAAGGAGAAGUGGAGGGUCAAGAUUGCACAGGCCCUGGUGGCAAAGACCGAACAACGCGACGCAGCCUCGAAGCUAGGCGAAUGGGGCCGACGAUACGCCAUGUUCAUUCUCCCCCUCAUCACAACUCUCCGUGAGGGUCUCGAAGCUGUUGUCUUCGUUGGUGGUGUCUCCCUCGGGCUGCCAGCGACUUCCUUCCCUAUUCCCGUCAUCACCGGGAUUCUGGCCGGCCUUCUCGUCGGCUACCUCAUCUACCGUGGUGGUAACUACAUGACCAUCCAGUACUUCCUGAUCGCCUCGACCUGUGUGCUCUACCUCAUUGCCGCCGGCAUGUUCUCCAAGUCGGUCUGGAGUCUGCAAUUCCACCACUUCCAGCAGCAAGUUGGUAGCGAUGUUGCCGAAGAAGGGGACGGCCCGGGCUCAUACAACAUUGACCAGACCGUUUGGCAUGUGAACUGCUGCAACCCGGAACGCGACAAUGGCUGGGAUGUCUUCAAUGCCAUUCUCGGCUGGCAAAACAGCGCCACAUACGGCUCCGUCAUCUCUUACAAUGUCUACUGGAUCUUCAUCAUGAUCGCCAUCACCUUCAUGCUGUAUGAGGAACGGACCGGCACCCUGCCCCUCGAAAAGUCCUUCUUCCGCUUCCUCUCCAAGAUCCCCGGCUUCAGGAGCUUUGCUACACAUCACCUCAACAAACUUUCUGCGCCAAAGCAAAGUGCUGGACAAGUCAUCGCCCAGGUGCAGAGCCACACUUUCACCCAGGGCCUCCAGAGGCCCCUGAGCGCCAAAUAG